UGGAACCAAGGGUUUUUCCCCUCACCUUGUUCUUGUUCAUGGUCCUGUUUGGCAGUAGUCCCUGCUCAUCCUUCCCUUUCCAUCCUAGAUUAACCACUGGCUGGCGUGGAGAUCCCCAGCUGCCUCAGCCUUAGCUUUGAGUUCAGUUUGAAUGUAACAUUUGGACUUGGCCAGAGGAGAGCUCUUCUUCCUAUUGAGGUGCAGCAGGAGAGGUCAUUGGCUGCCACUCGGGCAAGUGACUUCCCUCUGGGCCCCGUAUCCUCUCAGGCGAAACAAAAACGCUGACCUCGAUUGCUGAGAUUCCUUUCAGCUUUCACAGCCUGUCGUCCUCAUCUAGAGAGUGUGUGUUGGGUGGGCAGGCAGGCCUGGACCUUCUGGGAUUCCAGGAUCACGAUGCCAACUCCUUAAAAUCAGGGGAGAUAGGACACUGCCUGAGUUUGCUGCUGCCUGCCUUUGGGAACUGGGAGGAGGAGCAGCUAGGUUACAACUCCACAAUGUCUGGGAAGGAAGCAGAGGCCUGGCCUGGGACCCGAGGGGCUUGUGAAGUAUCUGUUACCAAUUAGGAGUGUGGCUUUUGGCAAGUCCACUAAACCUGUGCCGGUUUCCUCAUCUGUAAGGAGGUUGGGAGAAGCUGCUUAAGGUCUCUCCAGCUCCAGCAGUGCAGGAAUUCCCCAGAGACGCCAAGAUCACCGAAGAAAACCCAGACUUGCUGCUGCCCAAUGAAUGUCCGUACCGUUCAGCACCAGAGACAGCGUCUGGGACGGCUCUGCUCUGCUACUGGGGAAGGAGGAAGAGCUCCAAGCCAUGUCGUUUACUGGAACCUCAGACCGCAGCGUCCCGGCCACCAAGAUCGAAAUCACCGUCUCUUGCCGGAAUCUGCUGGAUCUCGACACCUUUUCCAAGUCCGACCCCAUGGUGGUGCUGUUCACUCAAACUAGAGCCAGCCAGGAGUGGCGGGAGUUCGGACGGACCGAGGUAAUCGACAACACGCUGAACCCGGACUUCCUACGUAAAUUUGUGCUGGAUUACUUCUUCGAGGAGAAACAGAACCUACGCUUCGACGUGUACAAUGUGGACUCCAAAACCAACAUCUCCAAACCGAAGGAUUUCUUGGGACAGGCAUUCCUAGCACUGGGAGAAGUGAUUGGAGGGCAGGGCAGCCGCGUGGAACGAGCACUCACGGGCGUACCCGGGAAAAAGUGUGGAACCAUUCUGCUGACCGCAGAGGAGCUCAGUAAUUGCCGGGACAUUGCCACAAUGCAGCUCUGUGCCAACAAGCUGGACAAGAAGGAUUUCUUUGGGAAGUCGGAUCCUUUCCUUGUCUUCUACCGGAGCAAUGAGGAUGGCACAUUCACCAUCUGCCACAAGACCGAGGUAGUGAAGAACACGUUGAAUCCCGUGUGGCAACCCUUCACCAUCCCUGUGCGGGCGCUAUGCAAUGGAGACUAUGACAGGACUGUGAAGAUAGAUGUAUAUGAUUGGGACCGGGAUGGAAGCCAUGACUUCAUUGGGGAAUUCACCACCAGUUACAGGGAGCUGACAAAGGCCCAAAGCCAGUUCACGGUGUAUGAGGUUCUCAACCCUAGGAAGAAAUGUAAGAAAAAGAAAUAUGUCAAUUCAGGGACGGUGACACUGCUCUCCUUCACUGUGGAUUCGGAAUUCACUUUUGUUGAUUAUAUCAAGGGCGGGACACAGCUCAACUUCACUGUGGCCAUAGAUUUCACAGCCUCCAAUGGGAACCCACUGCAACCCACAUCUCUACACUACAUGAGUCCCUACCAGCUCAGUGCUUAUGCCAUGGCACUCAAAGCCGUGGGAGAAAUCAUCCAGGACUACGACAGCGACAAGCUCUUCCCUGCUUAUGGUUUUGGAGCCAAGGUGCCCCCCGAGGGACGCAUCUCCCACCAGUUCCCUCUGAACAACAACUCUGAGGACCCAAACUGCGAGGGCAUUGAGGGUGUCCUGGAGAGUUACUUUCAGAGCCUUCGGACUGUCCAGCUCUAUGGCCCCACCUACUUUGCCCCAGUUAUUAACCAGGUGGCCCGGGCUGCGGCAAAGGUCUCUGAUGGUUCCCAGUACUACGUGUUGCUCAUUAUCACAGAUGGGGUGAUCUCAGACAUGACGCAGACCAAGGAGGCCAUUGUCAGUGCCUCUUCAUUGCCCAUGUCCAUCAUCAUUGUUGGGGUGGGGCCAGCCAUGUUUGAAGCAAUGGAAGAACUCGAUGGAGAUGAUGUCCGCGUGUCCUCUCGUGGGCGCUAUGCAGAGAGGGACAUUGUACAGUUUGUCCCAUUCCGAGACUACAUUGACCGCUCUGGGAACCAGGUGCUGAGCAUGGCGAGAUUGGCAAAAGACGUGCUGGCUGAGAUCCCGGAACAGCUGCUGUCAUACAUGCGCACCCAUGAUAUCCAGCCUCGGCCUGCCCCCAAUGCCAACCCCAGCCCCACCUCCUUGCAGCCCUGAGGGGCUGGCCUGCCUGCCCUACUGCUUCCUGUGUAGUCACUUAGAAGGCUGGGUUGAGCUGGGCUGGGCCCAGCUCCAGAUCCCAGAGCUGAGAGUGAAAGGGUCAGCCUCAUAUCAAGCUGCCCUCAGAAAAACCUACCUCCAGAUGGUGGGUGGGGCUGACUGAGAAAGGCAUGCCACACCCUUCCCCCAACCCCAACCCGUGCCAAGCAAGAAGGGUCCUGUGCCCUCAGCUGAGUCCAGCUACCACCAAAUCCUUAUGUCAAUAAUAAAGCUGAGCUUUACCCUCA